CAUUUACUUGGAGAAGUGAAAUCUGCAUAAAACCUCCAAAAUAAAAGGAAAACCAACAAGUUAAAGUUCAACUUUAAAGCUAUAGAGCCGAUAAGAUGAGUGGACGCGACAAUAGAGGAGCCGGCGGUGGCGGCGGCGGUGGUGGCGGUCAUCAACCGCUCAGCAGCGCCAUGGGCAAGCUCAAGGAGAAACUAACCCGAGUAGGUGACGAGCUGGGCUAUCAUCGCGUGGAAAGCAAUCUGUCCACCUCGAACACAGCCACCAGCUUGGACACAAUUCUGCCGGAGGAUCCGUUCUUGUUCCCACAAGUAUCGCCGCAGCGACAUCCACAGAGCACCGUGAGGACACAACGGUUGCUGGAGGACGAGCCGCCGCUAUCCUUUCGCCCGCUGCUAGAGGACGACGACAUCAACGAACCACCCACCCAGACGCUCACCACCCAGCAGCAGAGAACUCCGCUGAGAGCAAGUGGCAGCUUGGAAUUGACACCGCUGCCACCACCACCGACCUCCCUGGAGAUUCGGGAGCAUCGCGAUCGGCAACAGAGAAGUGCCCAGGUGGCUGGAGAGGAGCUGCAGCGCAGUAAGCAGAGUCUCAAAGGAUCCAGAGUGUCCUUCGAGCGACGCGACACUGGCAACAGCCAGUCGAACAACAACAACAACAACAACAAGCAGGCGGAGAGCAGUGACGAGGACAGCUUCGAGGAGCGACGCACUGGCUUCCAGCAACAGAAGGCCACCAGUGUCGAUCACAAGGGCAUCUUGAAGGACCUGAAACACAUCUUGGCCAACGACAACCGGCGCCAGUUCCAGGCCAAGAAGCACGUCUCGUUGGACGUCAAGGGCACACGUUUCCUGCAGGAUCUGCUCAAGGAAUCGUCCUCGGAGGAGGAGUUCCACAAGACACGCCGCGAAUUCCAGGGCCGCAAGCACCAGAGCUUGGAUCCCCGGGUCACAUUCAAGCUAGACAAGGUCCUGCAAGGCUCCAGUACCGACAGUGACGAGGAGGGCGACGACGCCGAGCACAAGCGCCUGAUCCACCGGCCCAAGGACAUUACCAAGCCGGUGAUCAUCGAUCUCAAGGAUCUGGAGAGCGAAAGCGACGAGGAUUUCCUCACGUCGCGCCAGCACUUUCAACAGCAGCGCUCCAUUAGCACCGAUUCCCGAAAAAGCCGUCGACUCUACGAGAUGGACGAGAUGGGGAAUAAGCGCGGCGAGAACAUCCGUCAUGCAGUGCCCUUCGUGCGCCAGAUAACCGAGGAUGGCAAGCCCAAGCUGGAGGUCUAUCGCCCCACAACGAAUCCCAUUUACAUAUGGACACAGGUUCUGGCCGCUCUAAGCGUCUCCCUGGGCUCCCUGGUGGUCGGUUUCGUCAGUGCCUACACCUCACCCGCUUUGGUUUCGAUGGUCGACAGGAAUAUCACCUCCUUCGAGGUCACCCCGCAAGCGGCUUCCUGGGUGGGUGGCAUCAUGCCUCUGGCUGGUCUGGCAGGAGGCAUAUCCGGUGGACCCUUCAUUGAGUAUCUAGGCCGCCGCAACACCAUCCUGGCCACGGCAGUGCCCUUUAUUGUCUCCUCGCUACUGAUUGCCUGUGCUGUGAACGUGGCCAUGGUCCUGGCUGGUCGAUUCUUGGCCGGAUUCUGUGUGGGCAUCGCCUCGUUGUCUCUGCCCGUCUAUCUCGGCGAAACGGUUCAGCCCGAAGUCCGCGGCACUCUGGGUCUGCUCCCGACGGCGUUUGGUAACAUCGGCAUCCUCUUGUGCUUCGUGGCCGGCACCUACAUGGACUGGUCGAUGCUGGCCUUCUUGGGAGCAGCUUUGCCAGUUCCGUUCCUCGUCCUGAUGUUCCUCAUCCCGGAAACGCCGCGCUGGUUCGUUAGCCGAGGACGCGAGGAGCGUGCCCGCAAAGCUCUCAGCUGGUUGCGCGGCAAGGAGGCGGAUGUGGAGCCGGAGCUGAAGGGACUGAUGCGCUCUCAGGCAGAUGCCGAUCGUCAGGGCACCCAGAACACCAUGAUGGAGCUGCUGAAGCGUAGUAACUUCAAGCCCUUGUCCAUCUCCCUGGGUCUCAUGUUCUUCCAGCAGUUGAGCGGCAUCAACGCUGUCAUCUUCUACACGGUGUCCAUUUUCAAGGAUGCAGGCUCCACCAUUGACGGCAACGUGUGCACCAUUAUUGUGGGCGUGGUGAACUUCAUGGCCACCUUUAUUGCCACUCUACUGAUUGAUCGGGCAGGCAGAAAGAUCCUUCUGUAUGUUUCCAACAUUGCCAUGAUCAUCACCCUGUUCGUCCUGGGCGGCUUCUUCUACUGCAAGGCCCAUGGCCCGGAUGUCAGCCACUUGGGCUGGUUGCCUCUGAGCUGCUUCGUCAUCUACAUCCUUGGAUUCUCGCUCGGCUUCGGACCCAUUCCCUGGCUAAUGAUGGGCGAAAUCCUGCCGGCCAAGAUUCGUGGCUCGGCUGCCUCAGUGGCCACCGCUUUCAACUGGACCUGCACCUUUGUGGUGACCAAGACCUUCCAGGAUAUGAUUGAUGUAAUGGGCGCUCAUGGAGCUUUCUGGCUGUUCGGAUCCAUCUGCUUCAUUGGCCUGUUCUUUGUGAUACUCUAUGUGCCCGAGACGCAGGGCAAGACCCUGGAGGACAUCGAGCGCAAGAUGAUGGGCCGUGUGCGCCGCAUGUCCUCGGUGGCCAACAUUAAGCCGCUGUCCUUCAACAUGUAAUCGGCCUGGGAGCCGGGAUCUGAAUGCGAUCAAACCAAAUACUAGACUAGUGCCUUUAGUGAUUAAGGAAUCGUGUAAACGCAGUUGUGGGCGCAACCCCCCACCCACCCAUCAAGCCAUAAGAAAAAAUACGAUAUAUUGGAGCGGGCAGGGACGGGAUGGGCCGAUCCCCACAUAGGCGCUCUGAUAUUGUUAGUCCUAAUAUUGUUAGUAAACACAUAAUUGUUAUUAUUAUUAUUUAUAAUCAUUAAGUGCAUAGUUUUAUUGUGUAAAUUAUGAUUUUAGCACUAAUUUGUUGACAUUGGAUGGAUGUUGAUCGAGAUCGGUGUACAAAAAUGACAUGAAAAAGUAGUUAGUUGUAGUGAAAAACCCGAAAACCCUUUCCCCCAUCCUCCCCCCAGAAAUCUCUUCGUGAAAAAAUACACCAAUUGGCUAUAUAUCGAAUAUAUAUUUUAAAAUUACUCCUAAGCUAUAAGUGUAUCUAUUUGUAGACUAAUUUAAACAAACAAAAAAAUACAAAACAAAACAAAUGUUA